AUGGAACAGCAUCUAGCUGAGGCUUUGGAGCAGACAGAUGAUAUUAUUGAGACUGUCCAGCAGGAGCCUCCUCCAGCCAGACCCGUGCCUAGUGGGGAAAAAUCUCUUCAUGAAAAACUGUAUGACAUUUAUGUUGAGGAAUGUGAAAAAGAGGCAGAGGUAGAGGGCCUUAGAAGCAAUGUCAACUUGCUAGAGAAGCUUCUGAGGAGAGAGGCGUUGCCAUGUUUAGUGGUCAAUCUGUACCCAGAAAAUCAGGGCUAUUCUCUCAUGCUGAAGGACAAAGAGGGAGUUCUUAUUGAGCCCUUUCCAGUGCCUUAUUUAGGACAGAAACUACUUGAAUACUUGGAUGCUGAAGAGUUACCUUCUUUUCUGAUUGAUGUCCUGGAAAAGUCUCCUGUGAAUGUUUUUCACCAUGGGUGUGUCAUAGCAGAAAUCAGAGACUACAGGCAAUGCACUGAUGUGUCCUCUGCUUCCUCGACUCCUGCUUACCAAACUCGACACAUUCUCUUACGUCCCACGAUGCAGAGUCUAGUAAGCGAUGUAGAGUCCAUUACAAGUGAUAACCGUCAGUGGACUGAGGAAGAAAAACUUGAGCUUGAGAGUCAACUGAUUUUAGCUACAGCAGAGCCACUGUGUCUGGAUCCCUCUGUUGCUGUUGCCUGCACAGCCAACAGACUGCUGUUUAAUCAGCAGAAGAUGAUGACAGACUCUAUGAGACAAUGCUUUACGAGUCACGAGUGGCCCUAUCUAGAACUGGAGGAAGAACAAUAUAUAUGUACAACUCCUCCUGAUGCUUCAACAAUGGUUGCUUGCAGAAAACAAGCAGAAACAAAACAAGGUGACCAAUAUGAUCUGAAGAUUGCUGAAGCAGAAAAGUGUGUAGACACGUGGAAGCAGAGACCCUGUGAACUGGAGGCCUCCAGAGAAGUGGAUGUGAAUAAAUAUGCUAGAGGGAAGCAAAUGGCGCCCUGUGAUGAUGCAGAAUCAACAGCCUGGCCACUUCCUGAGGUAAAUGAUUAUCCAUUUGUGUGUGAAGAGGGCAGUCAGCCGUGGGAACCUAAGCCUAGUACAAGUACAGCACAGUCCCUUAGUGACCCAUUUUUCUCUCCUGAAGCUUCCACCAGGCUCUGUCAUUUUGCACCCAGAGUUACAAGCACAGCGGCAGCAGCCAUGGCCGCAGCUACAGCAACCACAGCAGCAGCCAUGGCCGCAGCUACAGCAACCACAGCAGCAGCCGUGGCCACAGACACAGCAACCACAGCAGCAGCCGUGGCCACAGACACAGCAACCACAGCAGCAGCCGUGGCCACAGACACAGCAACCACAGCAGCAGCCGUGGCCACAGCCACAGCAACCACAGCAGCAGCCGUGGUUGCAGCAGCCGCGGCCACAGCAGGUUGUCACACUGAAAUUGAGGACAGCCGAGGCCUGCAGUCCUGUGCAAGAGAGCCCAUGGCAGCCUUGUCUGAUGAGCAUCCCAGCCCUCGGAAGGUUUGCCCUGCAGCCAGUGCUCUGGCAGACCCCAGCUCCCCUCCAGACCCUACCACUGGCCUGGAAAAGGCCAUCUGGGCUGGCUCGCUGUGGCUCUCCUUGUGA